AUGUGAUAUCAUACGUUCCUUCCUCCCCCAUCUCCCCCUUCUUAGAAACCCCAUUACGAAUCUCGCCGACCUUUAAUCUCUCUCAUAUUUUCUUUUUCGCCAAGCAAAAAUCUUUCAACCAAUUCACACCCAUAUAUAAAAAUCUCUCUAUGAACGCCAAAGUCAUCGCCUCUAUAACGUCGCCGUCUCUUCCUCUUUUGCCCAAAACCCAACAUUUUUGAGCCCUUCAGAGACGGCGACUGGAAUAAACACCGAUCGAUCUAUCAAUUGAUUGAUCUGCUCAUCAAAUCCUAUCUAAAUUUGGUGAUUUUACCCCAGGCUAUAUAGUUAAUUUUCUGUUCUUUACAAGGUGUAGUAUUUGAUUAGAGGUGUAAUUACUAUUAUGAUAGUAUUAGGAAUUUGUCGACAUCAAGCAAUGGUAGGGAGAUGGCGGCAUAAUAAGGAAGUGGAGAUGAUUUCUAAACAUGAUGGUGGUGUUAGAGGUGGUUGAAGAACAUAAAGAUCAAUAAUGAAGAAGAUCAAGAAAAUUAAUCCAAUAAAAAUAAAGAAACAAAUAACUGUUUAUGAAUGCCUAUACAAUAGAUAUGUUUUCAACACAUUUUGUUCAUACGAUGUUUUUCUAAAAUUCUACACACCCUUAAAUUGUUUACAUGUUUUUUUUUAUUUCUGACCUCAUUUUGCAGGACAUGCAAUUUCUUCAUCACCUAGUUUUAGUAGAAUGUACAAAUUAGUUGACUUUUAGGUUGACCAGUGUAAAUAGGAUUAACCUUGUGUAGAUAACAACAACAUGGCAUCAAAGAUAGUGAAAGUCUCAGCAAAUGGUCGAAGAGUGAUUCUUGAUUCAAAAAGGAAAAUAGGAACCCAAAAUCAAUUCAAAACCCAAAUAGUCAACAGCAAGUCUUUGACUUUUAGGCCCACAAUUCAAAAGCUUGGAAAGAGGAAAAGAUCAACUGAAUGCAAAAACAAAUGUGGAUCCUGUUCAAGAAAAACUUUGCUCAAAAACUACUCAAAUUUCAUCAAGAGUGGACUACCACAACGUCUACUGUAUUCCCAAGAUGGUCAAUGGGUUGACUUUUCACAAGAAGUCAUUGACUUGGUCAAAGACGAUUUUCGUUCUAAGAAGGCUGCAAUUGAAGUGAAGGUUAAUGGGAGUCAUUUCAUGUUACAGAUUUUGUACAUGAUUCAGAUUGAUUUGAAAACCGGGGCCCAAAAGCCGAUUGCUUGGAUUGAUGACGGGGGUAAUUGCGUCUUUCCGGAAUCUCAUUCCACCUGUCACGGGAAUCAUGAUGAUGUGGAUCUUGCUGAGUCGUCUUCUGUGGCUCCUGAAAUUAAGUUGCAUUUGGAGAUUGAGCUUAACAAUAAGUUUGAGGAAUGCAUGGACGAGUCAAACGUGAAGAGGAUCAAGGUUGACCAGGAAGGUCAAGGUGUAAAUGACGAAAAUGCCCCUCAAAAGAGUGAUGAGUACGCAUCCCCGAUUUCUGAAACGAUCUGUGGGAAUGUCGAUGUUGAAACGGCUAGAAACAUGUUUGUGACGGGGAUUGGUCAAGAUUUGAAAGUUGACAUUUUUGAUGUCAAGAAAUGUUCCGGAAGUUUCAUGGAAGCAAGACAGAAGCUUUUUCAGACACAGGUUGAAAUCACACAAAAGCUUCGUGGAAAGGCAAAUGUGGUGUAUGCUUGGUGUGUAGCCAAUGGGGAUGCGCCAUCUGGCGUUCUGUUUUAUGCUCACAAUGGGCCAAAGCUUGGGCCUUAUGGUUAUGGUGUCCACCUGGCAGCUGUUCAAUCUGCCCACAAAAGUGCUAUGUUAUGUGAUGUUGACGAAAAUGGGGUAAAACAUAUGGUUUUAUGUCGUGUGAUUUUGGGGAAUUCAGAAGUUGUUGAAAUUGGAUCAAAACAGUUUCAUGCGAGUGAUCCAUGUUUUGAUACUGGAGUUGAUGAUUCACAGAAUCCAAAUUCUUAUAUAAUCUGGAACAUGGAUGUCAACACACACAUCUUCCCUGAAUGUACAGUUGCUUUCAAGAUGCCUCCAACUCUCAAAGGGAAUGCUGUUGUUGAAGAAAGUAGGCUUGAUAUGUCAAGAGUCACUACAACUCAUGAUCAACAUAAUACCUCUUCGAGUACACCAGGGAAAAACUUCCCACCUCAGGAGAAGGUUCCUAUUCCUAGUGUUGGUUCAAGCACAGCUAAAGAUCCUAAAUCACCAUGGAUGCCAUUUUCUAUGUUGUUUGAAGCAGUUUCUGCUAAAGUUGAACCUGAUCAUAUGAGAUUGGUGCAUAUUUUGUAUGAAUCUUUUAGGGCGAAAAAAAUGAGUCGAGAAGAGUUUAUUAAGAAGCUUAGAUCGGUUGUUGGGGAUCAGAUAUUGAGGUCAACGAUAUCCAGCCUCCAAUGCAAGAAUGUUUCGAAUUCGGGAAGUGUGUCAGAAGUUAAAGAUGGGCAAGAAGUUUGAAACAGGUUAAUAAAAACUUGUUUCCCUUUUGAUGUCUUUUAUUUAUAUAUGUUGGGAUGAUGUUUUUUGUUCUAGUAGUUUUCAUUUUAUAAACUCUAAUGAUAAUGAUAUAUGUUGGUGUUUUUGGAUUGUUGUUUACCUACUUUAAAGGUAUCAUGUGUUAGUAAAACAUGGAUUGGUGCUUA